UCCGAAUCAGACCUUGGCCGCAUCCGAAUCCGACUGAGGUCAUGAAGGCGCACCAGAUUAUUGACACGGUUCAGAGGGAGCAGAGGCGUCAAUUUGGAGUCAAGAACCCUAGAACCGUCAUUGUGGUGACUCCCUUCACAUGACCGGUCUGAUGCACUCGCUGAUGUUGGUGCCGUACGAAGUUGUUUGGAUCGUGGUGGAGGCUGGUGGAGCUAGCAAUGAGACCGAUUCGAUCCUCGCCAAGUCGGGACUUCGGACCAUUAACGUUGGAUUCGAGCAGCCGAUGCCGAAUUCUUGGGAGGGUCGUCAUCGAUUGGAGGCUCAGAUGAGGCUUCGUGCAUUGAGGAAAAUGGGUAUUCUCGAGACAUUCUGACUACGGUGCACAGAAGUAGAGCUGACUGUCCACAACCUGAGGUUUAAAGUUGUUGAACCCUUGUGCAAUCUUAUUUUCG